AUGACGAACCCUGCCAUCUUUAUCGAGCUACUUCUCUCAUUUCGCACCGUUGUUUUUGCCUCAGCACUUGCAACCGUCUUUCUUUACUUCCAAUCCUUGAAGGAAUAUAUCUUUGGAAGGAAGCUGGUCGAUCCCAACGGGAACUUUAUUCCUCCCGGACCUGUUGGUUUACCGAUUGUUGGAUCAUUCCCAUUCCUUACUCAUUAUCCUGAAAUCACCCUCGACUACUGGGCCAAGAGAUUUGGCCCCCUUUACUCGUUGAAACUCGGUAACCAACUCUUCAUGAUCAUCUCCGACCCUCGGAUCGUCAAGGAUCUUAUGGUCACCAACGGAGCCAUCUUCUCAUCCCGCAAAGAGAUGCACUUGAAAUCCAAAAUCAUCUUUGCCGGUCGAGGAAUCACUGCAACGCCCUACAAUGACCGAUGGAGAAAGCACCGCCGUAUUGCUUCCGUCUCGCUAGUCUCUCGGGCUGUCGAUGGAUACACUCAUAUCCUCGACUACGAAGCUACAGUCCUCAUCAAAGACUUGAUGAAACACGGAAAUUACGGUGCUUUGCCUAUUAAUCCUCAACCUCACGCUGGAAGAUGCAGUUUGAACAACAUGUUGACGGUCGCCUUUGGCAUGCGUACUGACUCUAUUGACCACCCAUUGGUCGCCAAGGCUCUCAGACUCUCUCGAGAAUUCAUGAACUGCACUGGACCUGUCUCCAACUUGACUGAUUUCGUUCCCCUCCUCCAAAAGAUUCCCGGAAACUAUAUGAUUGGGAGGGCUCAGCAGCUUCACAAGGAUUUGGUUGAUACUUACGGUGGAAUGAUCUUGGAGAUCGAAACUCGCAUGAACGCUGGAGAGAAAGUUCCUGACUGUUUGGUCAAGCAUCUCAUUGAGAUCAAGGACGACGAACAACUCGACCACCUUGAUAUGGCUAUUCUCUGCUCUGCGUUCAUGAUUGGUGGCGUUGAAACGACUGCUUCCAUCAUGCAAUGGUUCUCGGCUUUGAUCCCAGCCUACCCCGAAAUCCAGAAGAAAGCUCAGGAGGAACUCGACCGUGUCGUAGGCCGUGACCGGCUCCCGACCAUCGAAGACGAGAAGAACCUCCCAUACAUCCACGCCAUCAUCAAAGAAGUCGAACGUUGCCACAACCCAUUCUGGCUCGGAACCCCCCACGUCAACAACGCCGAUUUCACAUAUCGCGGACAAUUUAUUCCAAAGAACACUGUCCUCGUUUUGAACACCUACACCAUGCACCACGAUCCUGUUAGGCACCCAGAGCCGAUGAAGUUCAACCCGGAACGGUAUAUUAAGGAUUCCACACUGUCUUCCGAGUCUGCCAACCUUUCAGAUCCGUAUGAACGUGAUCACUGGAUGUUCGGUGCCGGACGUCGUAUCUGCCCAGGGAUGUGGGUCUCUGAACGUGAAAUCUUCUUGGUCAUUGCUCGACUUCUCUGGGCAUUCAAUAUGAAGGAAAUCCCCGGUGAACCUAUUGAUCUGAAGGAAUAUGACGGACUCUCAGGUCGUUCGCCAGUUGCCUUCCGUAUCAAGAUGAUCCCUCGCCACGAGAAAGUCCUCGAGGUGUUGGAACGCAACUGA